AUGAUUGCAAAUGGAAGUAUUUCGAACCAAACUAACGUGUUUAUUGAGGAUGAAAUAACAAGAAUUAUAUUUGUUUACGUGUCACCAUGUGUAAUAUUUAUUGGAACCGUUGCUAAUAUUUUAAGCAUUCUUGUUUUGUCUAAGAAAACGAUGCGUCGAUCAACAACAAUGUUCUAUUUACUUAUUUUGUCCUCCGCCGACCUUCUUGUGUUGUACACAGGAUUGUUAAGAUACUGGAUUAUUAUGGCUUUCGACAUAGACAUACGAUUACACAGUGAUUUUAUUUGUAAACUACAUGCUUUUCUUGUAUAUUUUUCUCUCGACUUCGCCUCCUGGAUUUUGGUUGCCGUGACCAUGGACCGCUGUAUUUCUGUGAUGCGACCACUGAAAGCUAGACUAUGCUGCACUACCAACGUAUCAAAAGUUAUUGUGGUAAUAUUAUUCGUGACAAUGGUUUUUAUAAACAGUCAUCUGUUUUUUACAGUUGAGAUUAUAUCAAGAAAUAGAUCAAAACCAACAUGCCAAGAAGCAGACGCCACUUUUGUAUUUGUCAGUAAAAUUUGGCCAUGGAUAGACUUUGCAGUAUUCUGCUUUGUUCCAUUUGGUAUAAUGAUAGUAGCUAACUCAUUAAUUAUUCACAGAGUUUCAGCGUCUGUAAAAACGUUGAAAAAUAUGACAGUUGACAAUGAUCUUGGCAGAAGUUUCGGCAGUGUAUACACACGACGGACCUCAUUUAGAUCGAGUCAUAUUUCAGGCGAGGAUUCAGAUCAAAUAUCAACUAUCACAGAAACGUGUGAAAACCAAAAUGGCUUCUCAAAUGAUACUGUAAAUAAAACAGUCAACAACAACUCAACAAGAUUACAAACAAGCACAAACGUGACCGUGAUGCUAUUGUCCGUUAAUUUUGUGUUUUUCUUUUGUACAACACCAAUAGCUAUUUAUUUCAUCGGGCAGCAUUACUGGGAAACACGAGAUGUACAUCCUCAUAGGAUUGCUGUACAAAACCUAGCAUACGGCAUCGUGAAUAUUCUCCAAUAUCUCAAUAACAGUGUCCAUUUUUUCUUGUACUGCAUCACAGGGAAAAGAUUUAGAAAUGAAUUCUUUAAACUAUUUGCAAGAAAACGUCGAUCUGCCGUUUUUCAAUGA